AUGUUCCACAAUAAGUAUUAUAAAGAUGACAUGAUUUACAUCACAUAUUUGACGCGAAACAUUCUAAGCUUACUCGGAAUUUGGCCGUCUAAUAAUAAAAAAGACUCUACCUGCGCGAAAGUCUGGAGGUACUUCUUAAUCUCGAUCUGUAAAAUUCUUCUGUAUUGCGUUUUGCUUCCUGGAAUCUUUUUCUGGUUAAUUGAAAAGAGAACACAAGUUAGAAUCCAAACCAUUCCUCUGCUUAUCUUUGUUUUGAUGGGCUGUAGUAAAUAUAUCAAUCUGCUAUUCCACGAAAAGAAAAUCAGACGCUGCUUGGAGCACAUCGAGGAAGAUUAUAAAGUUAUUACCAACGCGGAAGCGCGGGACACGAUGAUUACAUCUGCGAAGAUUGGAAGACGGUUGGUCUCACUUUGUGCGAUUUUCAUGUACUGCAGUGGACUUUCCUUUCGAUUGAUUUUGCCAUUUGCCAGGGGAAAAGUCGUCACUCCACAAAACAUCACACUCAGACCUCUACCUUGUCCGAGUUACUUCCUUUUCUUUGAUGUGCAAGUUAGCCCCACUUAUGAGCUGAUCUUUGCAAUACAAGUAUUAUCUGGGUUAGUUACUUACUCGAUAACAACAGGUUUAUGUGGUCUUGCGACUCUCUUCGUGAUGCACGCCUGCGGCCAGCUGAAGAUCCUCAUAAAUUUGAUGACAAAUCUCGUCGAGGAAAAGUGGCAUGAAAAACGAGAACUGAAUAAGAAGCUGGCAAGAAUGGUUGAACAUCAAAUAAGAUUUCGAAGUUUUUUACAAUUGAUAGAAAAUACUCUAUAUCAAGCGUGUCUAAUAGAAUUGAUGGGAUGCACGAUGUUAAUC